AGUAUUAUUGUUAUUGACGGUAUGACUAAUCUGUUCUCAAGUACAGGCAAAAAUCAAAGUGGGACCGACGCUGUCAUUUAAACAGCACUGAUGAUGAAGAUAAGGGCGGAUUCAUUUGAUUUUCGCGCCGAUUACCCGCAUCGUUAUAGUCCUGUCUAUGGCGCAAGCAAGGAUUAAGUACAUUCUUUCGGAAAUCGCAUUCGGUUAUCUCCGCUUUCGAUUCGUCUGGCGUCCUCACGGUUAAAGAGAAUUCGGUAACCUUCGGUUGUUUAUCUAAUUAAUUAAUUAAUACUUUUAAUGCGUAAGUCGUGUUCGAAUACAUUGAUUGGUUUUCCGCGCUCGUGAUUUAGAACUUUUAAUGGUGUUUUCCAAAGACAAUUUUCGUCAGAAGGAGUACAAAGUAAUAUCAGCUUUGUUCUGUCCACUUAAUCGUCGCUAACAUCAUAUCAGGGGAAAGGUUUUAAUUUCGGAGACCUGUAAGAGAAAUUGGCGCCAUGCUGAAGUUGGCAUCAUCAGCUGGUUUAGGCUAAUAAUGAUCUUAUUGGCUGCAAUUGCUAUAUUACAAAGUGCAGUUACUGCAGGAUCAAUGCCAGCUGGGCCUGGAAUUCCAGAAAAUAUCACCGUCACUUUUCUCACACCGACGUCGGUUAGAGUUUCUUGGGCAACAACCGUUGAUAACGUAGACAAGUACGACGUGACUUACAAGCCAACAGGUGCUAGUUACAGGGUGGUUGCUGUAGUGGCUGGUAACUCGGAUGCUCUCACUCUAACAGGAUUGAAAGCGGACACCCAGUAUCACCUCACAGUUUCUGCUAUUUGGGCAGGAAAGCGAUACAGAAGCAGGCCAAUCGUCUUCCGAACACUUGAGCAGUCUAGAUAUUCGGCACAGCAUGACAUAAUGACAACCCAUGGAACUGGAAUACCACCAACAAAAGAUAUUAGCGAUGUAGAAGAUCUUGCCGAUUAUCCACAAACAAAUUUCACGGUCCGCGGUGUAGAAAUAGGAAUUGUUUUAUUGGUGCUAGUAGUAUGGGUAGCCGCGAUAGCGUUAUUUUUCAACAGAUGGGGGAAAAUCCGAAUGCUAUUACCAUAUCAACCAGAUUUCAAGGAACAGCUCAAGGUUCCGGGAACUGUAGCUUGUGCAGCCGCGGUUGCUGCGGGAAACACCUGUAAUCAUACGACAGAACUAGUUUGCUCACAAAGCCGCUGGCCUACUGGUUCGAUCGACAGAGAGCCUAGGGGAUUAUCCCGAACCCGAAGGCAACGAGACCGGACUAAUUCAGCAAUUUUCAUUUCCAACAGCGGCCCCGGUUUCGAUUCGAAAGAGUUCAUGAGACGUUACGGGUCGAUUUCUCGGCUUUGCCGAAAAGCUCGCAGCGUUGAUAACAUAUCACUCGACGAAAGUAAAAAGCACUUCGGAUUGCCCACACUGUCCAUUUCCGGACCGUCUCCGCCAGUAGAAGACAUUGACGAUCCGGAAGAAUUGCAGAAAUUCAUCUGAUAAAAUCUCGAUUAAACAGGUUCCGGAACAUUCAAUUUUUGGAACACUACUGCCUUUCACACGU